GGCCCGGGCUGACCCUGUCGUCCAAGUGACCACACUGUGGGGCACGGACUCUGAGAGGGAGCGGGGGCCCAGCCCUGAGAGCAGUGGUAGGCAUCAUCGUGAGCCAGCCCUGCGCUUGGGACGUGGACUUUUGUCACCGGCAGUGCCCACCACAGCUCUGGGAGGCCAGGCACACAUGAGAUGCACAUCACAGGAGGGAAGGCAGGAGAGGGCGGUCUUGUGCCUGGAGCCGCACAGCAAGCAGAGGCGGUGGGUCUGGCCAGCUUCCCGUGCUUCCCCCAGCCUGCCUCGUGACCUCUGGGACUCGGGGGCCCAAGUUCAUUAGUGACCCUGAGACAGGGGCCCCGGCCUCCCUUCCCACCCCCACACCAUGUGGGCUGGCCUCUUGAGGGAGGACAGCUGCAGGAGGCUCAGGCAGCCCCAACAGGGGACGACGCACUCACGGGAUCUGUAAGGGCUCUGAGGGCAGGCCACGCGAUGGUUGUGUGGCUCAGCACGCGGCGACUGGAACGAGGCAGAGCGAAUGCCUCUGUGCACCAGUGCCCGGUGGACACUUAGCCUGGCUGUUCUGUGCCGUCACCAGGAGAGUGGGCGCAAGGAUAUGGGAGCAGCAGAGUGUCCCGGGGGAGAGCAUUCUGUCAGUGCUGCUCUGAAGUUGGAAGGGGCAUCCGGGCUUCACAUCACCCACCCUGGGCAGCCGUCCUUGUGAGUUUUCAGCCACGGCCACGUGUGGCUCCUGUGUCGUACAGGAAUUGGGCCAGGAUCCCAGAGCCAAGCCUGCUCCCGCAGCUGAAGCUCUGCUCACCUGUCAGGACAGAAUUUCCACACCCCUGUGUCCAGAGCAGGCACGGGGUGGCCUUGUCCUGUUUUCACCUCCUCCGGCUCCCCGGAAGCCUGAUCUCUGCUGACAUCAACUAGUGAUAUUGAACAGGGCUGUUUAUGCACAAAGGGGGCCUCGCCUGCCGGGCCUGUGGGUACCACAGUGUGCUGCCCAUGGAAGCGGUCCUCUGUGAGCCCCAACCAGGCUGUGUUCUCGGUCCAGAGGGAGGAGUGGGUGCGUGCUCCAUUGGCUCCCCUGUGCUGUUUUGGGGUUCUUUCCUAGGCGAGCCCCAGGGCGCUGUCUCAUCAGCUCCAGGUUGGGGUAUCGGAGAUACCCCAGCUCGAGGGACUUCCUAACCUGCCCAUCUUACAGGCGCAGGCAGAUGGGCCCGGGGUCCUUAAACAGCGGUGCACGCCGGGGCUCCAUCCUGCUGGGAGGAGAGGCAGGGAGGGCAUCCUGGCCGGCGAGGCAAGGGCUAUGCUGCCUCAGGGCGGUCCCAUCUCGGGGGUGCUCCCCUCCUAUAAAACAGGGCAGUGAGGUGCUGCGGCCCAGAAGCCCCAUCCUGCAGCUAGGGAAACUAAGGCUAAGAGAGGCUCUAGGCCAGGAGAGAUAGGGAAACAGGAUUAGAACCCAGAGUUGGCUGACUCGUGGUCCUGAGUCCAUGCUGCGUGCAGAGGGCAUCGGGCUCACAAAUUCCUGUAGGUCCCCAGCUUCAGGGGUGGUGUUGGGGUUCCACCCAACAUUUUAGGGCUGGGAGUCCAAGCACAGCCUGGGAAGCCCACCAGCAGGUCCCCUCCGGCCUCUGAGGGCCUUAUGAGUCCCAUGAUCCCCACUGUCAGGGGCCUGUGCCUGAGGGGGAGGGCUACAAGCCAAUUAGUGGCAACUGGUCACUCUUGGCCCCAGUGGCUCCUGCUCUGGGUGGGACCUGCUCAGUGAUGGGGUCUGGGGAAGGUUGCACUUCUGGGGGGACAGAGCAGCCUCAUUCUUGCACUGGGGGGCCUGUGGGAGCCUCCCAGCUUGUGUGGGCAUGUUCCAGAAGCUGGGAAUACUCAGAAAGGGCAGGGGAGGAGGGUGUGGAAGCUGGAACCCUGCCAUCCUGUCCACCCACUCACACUCAGCCUGGGGCAGAGGCAGAGUGGCUCUGGCUGAGGCCCAGCCCGGCUCCUCUCUGUGGUGAGUUGGGCCUGGGUCUGCCGUUCCGUCCUCACGGACAGGGAGCCAGCCCUGCUUUGGGGGAGCCUGGACCCCGGAUGCCAGCCUGAGCUGGAGGCGGGGCAGGGGCAAGAGCCUGGCCUCCGUCUGAGUCACCCUGGGCCGAGUGCUCUCAGGGCCCCCCCAGGUCCUAGUGUUCCUGCUCAGUUGGUCCUGGGGUGUCCUCUGACGGGCUCAUUGGGAAAAGACCAGAGUCAGGUCUACACUUUCUGGGUCCCAGAUAGACACAUCGUUCCAAGAGCGGGGGUACUUCCCCGUCAUCCCGGGCGCUGUGCUGAGCCAGGGUGCCCCCAGCUGCAUAGGAGCUGGUCUGUGCUGCAGACCUGCCAGCCCUGGGGGGGUAGGCAGUACCAGAAUCUGUGAGCUGAUUUCAGGGGACCCCCAGCCUCCUACUAGAGCUGGGGAGACUCUGUCUCAGGCGGCAUCCCCGCAAGAGUGGAAGAUAUGCAUGGCUGGGCCGCAAGGAAGCCAGUGGUUGGGGUUUGGUUUGGGGUGGGAGUCCAGACCAGGGCUGGGAGUCGGGGGGUCGGACAAGGCUUCCCUUGCCGUCUGUAACCUCUGGGCACUUGGGCGCCUUGCCCGCUGUGAGUUGUGGGCUGCCAUCUGCGGUGGUUGUGUGGGGUAAAUGAGAGGCAGGGGAUGGUCACACUGAGCCCCCUCCCGUUCUCGGGGUCAUGUGCCACCAGGCCUGCCCAGCUGAUUCCUUGGUCACCUUGCGUCUUUCAGAACAUGACUCAUCCCAGAGCACCCCCAAGGAAGCGGGACCUAUCGUGGCCUUCGGGAGGCAUUCCAGGACCGCAGAGCCCAGGACUCACGCCUUCUUCCUGCCUCCUCGUUCUGCAGGUGACCCCUGCAACUCUGCCUCCCUCAGCCGGAGGUCCCUGCCCCAGCACGGCUGCGUCUGAGCUGCUCUUCUCCAAGAACACCAUACCCACCGAGCCUGGCCGGCCUUGGAGGACUGGGAAGCCAGAACACCUCUGUUGUCACCUUGCGGAAGAGAAAGGAGUCUGGAUGGAAGAGGAGCGCUCAGCCCAGUCCCGCUCGGCACCACAAGGACUCGCCUGUCCCUGGGGCUCUUCGCCCGGUGCACCUGCUGCCCUUGGGCUCACCUUGCCUCAAGGGCCCUUUGGGGCCAGCAGUCCUGGAGGCAGCCCCUUCUCUCUGCCCAGCCGGGAACCAGCCUCGAAUGCAGCCCUAAUGCACCCAGGCCACCUGUCAUCCACCCGAGAUGCCGCAAGGCGGAAAGCAGGAUGUUCUAACCUCCGCCCUGCCACCUGUCGGCCGUGUGACCCUGCGAAGGCGAUGUUACCUCUCCGCGCCCUGGUGUGCUCACGUCUAAGAUGGGUUGACCGUAGCACUCGCCUCAGGGGCCCCCAGGAAGGCGGUGGCCGUGGUGACGCUGAUCCAGGCUGACUGUGCCCUCGGGCACGGAGUGCAGAGCCCUCCAGGGCCUCCAGCUCUGCCCCAGCUGCCCUCCCCAGGGGAGCCAGCUUCCUUGUCUGAAAGGAAGAACAGCAUCCUGGGGCCUCUCCCGAGGGGGGGACAGCUCAGGUCACCCUGCACGGCAAGACCAGACUGACCAGAGCCCAUGGGGAGGGCGUCCCCGCCUGUCCAGUGGGUGGAGGGAGCAGGUGUCUUGGGGCAGCGGAGAGGGGGAGG